AUGAUUCCAGAGAACACAUCUUUUUACUCGGGAUAUGAGUGUCCCGUAUCAACUGGGGCCAUCUUCACCCAACGCCGCCCUGAUACGCGCCCUCAGAGCCCUCCACCCGAACAGCGCCGUCGCCGCCAGAGUCCACCACCCCACGAGCAGGAGGCCGCUCAUCUCCAGCCCGAUGUAGUACUUGUUCGAGUACCGCGCCACGUACCCCGUGCCCCAGGCCCAGCCCGCCAUCAGCACCGCCAACCCCGGCCUGCUGCGCCUGGGGUCCCGCCUGAAGACGAGCCCGGCCGCGAAGGACAGCAGCGGCAGGAGUCCGUACGCGACGUAGCAGGCCAGCUCCAGGUGCGACCCGAGGACCGCCAGCACACCCGCGGCGGAGGGCGGGAAGAGGAUCCCCGCCAGCGCCCGUCGAUGGGACGGGCCGCCGAGGAGCAGCUUGACGUGCGCGAUGCCGACGGCCGCGGCGUGGGCCGCCCUCGCGUGCACGUACUCUGCGCACCCGAGGGCCCAGACGAGAAAGACGACCGUACUCACUACCAUGUCCCUGUCCGUCCUCUGGCCCCUCGUCUUCGUCCCUCCGCCGUCCGCGACGCGCUCGACGACGUACCCGCCCACCGCGUCCCCGACGACCUUCCAGGCGCCCUCCCACCCGGCGUUCCUCCCGAGGACGCCCGCGCGCACCUCCUCCUCCAGGAAGAUGGCGGGGCUCCCCGCCGCGAGCUUCAGCGUCGCAAUGGGCGCGCCGAAGCCGCCGACGCCGAGCGCGGGCAGGACCAUCCGCCGCACGUGGUUGGCGAGGAUGGCGAACACGACGACGGCGAACCCGCGCGCGCGUCUGUCGUCUAG